UCGGUUGAGCCAGGAGAGUCCAGUGUGCAAGCGACGAGAACGCAAUCAGAUGGUGGCGAAGAUCGUGGAUUGACAGGUCGCGGGUUGCACGAGAGAGUGAGAGAGAGAGAGAGAGAGCGAGGGAGCGCGCGCGCGAGAGAGAGAGAGAGAGAGAGAAGGAACAGGCGUUUACGUGACGGCGGUUAGCGUUAGGCUCUCUCUCUGGCAGGAGGACGGGGACGGUUUUUUCCGUGUAUACGCGCACGCGAGCCAAGAAAAGAAAAGAGAGAGAAAGAGAGAGAGAAAGAGAGAGAAAGCGACCCGCGAGUGAGAGGAACACGGGCAGUUGACGUGCGCGACGAUCUCGUCAUCGACGUUGACGAAAUGAUCCUCUAGCCUCCCUGUGGCUUCCUUGGCCUGAUCCACGCGAGGAGUACUUGGAGCAGGAGGUGACCCUUUAAAAGAGAAGUGCGCUGAAUAUAAGCUCGGUUUACAUUAACGUUGGAGACAGAAGUGCGCGUCACCAGAGUGCCGAAGUACAGGGCCGCAGGAGUUGGCCGUUGAAGAAGGAUAAUUGUUCCUUCGCUGAAGAAGGAUAAUUGACGAGGCGUUUGUCCAGAGGGCCCUCCCGGGGCACGACGGAGUGCCUGUCGGGCUCAGCUGAUCCACGCGCAGCGGUAGGAGGCGGCGGAAGGAGAGGUAGUGGUGGAGGACGCUACCAGGAGCGCCGCGGGGCGAGGAAGGGCCCCUGCCGAACUCAGCACCGCCGACGAGCGAGCAGCACCGAUAAAUAUGUCGUCCCCCAGCGCCGGCAAGCGACGCAUGGACACGGACGUUAUCAAACUAAUAGAAAGCAAACACGAGGUGACAAUUCUAGGAGGACUAAAUGAAUUCUCCGUUAAGUUCUACGGUCCACGAGGCACGCCCUACGAGGGUGGAAUAUGGAAGGUGAGGGUUCAUCUGCCGGAGCACUACCCUUUCAAAUCACCUUCGAUCGGUUUCAUGAACAAGGUCUACCAUCCCAACAUUGACGAAGUCUCGGGUACGGUGUGUCUAGACGUUAUAAACCAAGCUUGGACUGCCCUUUACGACUUGUCAAAUAUUUUCGAGUCUUUCCUGCCUCAGUUGUUAACAUAUCCCAAUCCAAUCGAUCCCUUGAACGGCGAUGCUGCCGCGAUGUAUCUUCACAAACCCGAAGAGUACAAGAAGAAAGUGGCGGAUUACGUGAGGAAGUACGCGACGGAGGAGGCGCUGAGGGACCAGGAGAACGGCGGCACCGGCAACGGGAUGUCCUCCGACAGCGAGUCGUCGAUGAGCGACUUCAGCGAGGACGAGGCGCAGGACAUGGAGUUGUAACCAAAUAUAUUACCAUCCGCGCGUACCCAUAUCCUUAAUCAUCUCGAUUCCCUGUAAGAUCCCCGAUCGCUCGUCCUACUACCAAAUAGAUGCUUACACCCGAGACUCCGAGUCUCACUUCUGGUGACGGCGACGAGAUCCCUUUUACUACUCGUCGCUGCUCUCGUCGCUCGUUGCUCAUCGCUCGUACAUAUACCGAGGGGUUGGUGAUUGACCAUCCCCGGCACGACGAGAGUGAAAGUGACGGAGACGAACGAGGUAAAAACGGAGAAUCGCGCUCUUCUCAUCGAGCGCAUCUCAAGGGGCGUUUUCUAUCACGACAGCGAUGUCUCUCACGGUCAUCCAAGCUCUUGCUUGAGUUAAUCCGUUAAUUAUUCGCUGCGUUUAAUUGUCAUAUUCAUAAAUUAUGACAACGACGAUGAUGAUGAUUAUAACGUGCACAUCAACGAACGAGACGUUGGCUCAAAUGAAACUCGCAAUCUUUGUAAACGUCUCGAGAGUCGAUGCUCUUAUUUUUCAGUGUGAAGAAGAGAAAAAGGAAGGGUAUGAAACGAAAAGACAGAGAGGACCAUCGUUGGUAUUUACGGGUUAUUCAUUUAUCGACACAAUCGAUUUUUGGCCGGUGCUUCU